AACGUUUAGAUAGAAGACAUUUUAGUGUUAUUGAUGGAAGCUUUGAAAAGGCAUACAGUUGUAAACAAAAAUGGAUACCGAUGCAUCAUCGUCAGCGAAUCCAGUGGAACCAAGUGACUUUACAAACAUUUCACUGGAGGGUGACCCUGAACAUCCUCCCAAAAAGAAGACACCACGUAGGUUGAUCUAUUGUAGUGAUGGUGUUUUAGAAGAAUACUCAACGGACGAAGAGGAGGAGAAACCCCCAGAACCAGAGAUCAACCCAAAAGAGCUGAAUUGGUUGCCUUGGUUUUGGUAUUACAUAGUGAACACAGCCAGGGGAACAUUAUACGUGGCAGACACUUGUGGAGAAAAGCUAGCAUGGUUUUUUGGCAUCACCACACCAAAAUACCAGUAUGCGAUUGAUGAAUACUACCGUCUUAAAGAAGAGGAGGAAAGAGAAAAGGCCAAAGAGAAAAGAGAUCAGGAAAUGUUUGAAGAAAAGAAAUUGUCCCAAGUCAGAGUAGACACUCCUCAGAAACUAGAUAUAACUGAAGAAACCAAGGAACAAGUGACAAAGUACUGAUUUGUUCUAAGAAAUCAGGCAGUGAUCCAAAUCAAAGCAAUUGUAUUUAUCAGGAUUUAAGAAGGGAUUAAAUAUAAUACAUGUGUAUAAUUAUUAUGUUAAGUUUUUAUAUGAGUGGUGGUGUUCACUAAUUAACAAUAUGUGAUUAUAGAAUCUCUGCUUAUUGAAAUCAUCAUAUUUGAAAUCCAUUAUAAAAUUUUGAAAAAAAUCUAGUCCUAUAUGAGGGCUGUUUGAAAAAAUCAUGAACAAUGUCAGUCUUUAAUAUAUUAUUUUCCAGAAAUUCAAGAUCAGAACAUUAUUAUGUUUAAAAAAUUUUUUGUUAUGUGAAGUUUCAUCAUAUGGAACUCAUGUUACUUAAUUUUAAAAUCAGCAUGUAUUACCACAGAGUGCACUUAACAGCAUUAUAAUGUAUAUUUUCACUGUUUCAAAUUUUAAAUAAUGGAAAUGUAUCAUGAUAUAUUUGAAAUUUUUAAUACAAAUUAUUUGAAUUUAUUGAUAAAACAGGUUACCAAAUUUGGAUAUAAUAUGACGGAAGUUCACAAACUUUUUUUUCAAACAACCCUCGUACAAUUGAUUUUUAUGCUUAAAAAGUUGAAAUGCUUUGAAUUGAUAUUUUGUCCAAACGAGAGAAAUAGUAUGUUUCAUUCUGACAAGAAAAAUAUUGUUACUGGAAAAAAAAGUUUAAUACUGUAAAAUCAUAUAUUUUUGUGGGGUCAAAUUUUGUAGGUUUAAGGAAAAAAUAUUGGUUUGUGGGGAUUUGAUUCCGUGGUUGAAAAGGUGUUGAGUAUGGUAGCUAUGAAUAUGAAAUUUUACAUUUUAACAUUAAUUGCAUUAACAAAAUCAAAGACUAAACCCCACACCGUUUUGAAGCACAUUCAGUAAAUUUCAGACAUUAAAAAAAUAAUAACAAAACUGAUACUGUGAAAUCAAUAUUUUUCGUGUUUUUUUUUUUUUCCAUUGUUUUUGAGGUAUGAAGAUCGAGACCCACAAAUUCAAGUGCACCAUAAAAUCUUUAUUUCUUUUAAUAGCCUGAAUUCUUCAGUUGGGGAAAUUUCCAUUUUAAUUUCAUUAUUGAGAAAUACAAUUUGUAGUCAAACAUAAAUACAAUGUUGGGAAGUUAUUUUUUAUCUUGAUUCGUAAGGGUUAUUUGGUAUUCAUUUCAGACAUAAUUUGCAUGAUGAUUCAAUAUCUGUUAAUUUCAGAUUAUAGUACAAGAGGGGCAAUAUUUGUUGUCCAAUCAAAAUUUGCUUAAGAAAAUGAGAAAAAUUGAAGAGGCUGAAUUUAGAAUGUUUAUAUCACCUGUUUUUGUCCGUCAUCAUUCUUUGUGCAUUAACAUUUGAACAUUUUUAGCUUCUUCUCUGGAACCACUGAACCAAUUUCAACUAAUUUUGGCACAGAGUAUCUAUGGGUGAAAGGGAACAAAACUUUUGAAUUUCGUGGUCCUUGCCCCCUCCUCCUCAAGGCCUAAGGGGUGGUGCUAAAAAUAUCAAAAGUAUUGCAAUCUUUAAAAAUCUUCUUUUCACUCCGGGACAUCAAGCAGUUAAACUGUUGGCAUGAUUGUAAAAAGCAUUGAGCCCUCGACCAAAAGUGUGAAAUUCAUGGUCUCAGUGUGAGGGGUUCUGGUGUUAGGGCUGUAUUGGUCAUAUAGUGAAAAUGCAUAAAUUUUCAAAAAUCUCUUCUUCACCUGUACCAGUAUAUUUAGCAAACAAACUAAGUGCAUAGAAAUAGUGUACAAGAGUGCCUCUCCAGUUGUGAAAUUCAUGGCCCAAGGGUCAGAGGUUCUGGUGCUAGGGCAGGGCUGUAUUGGUCACAUAGUGAAAAUUCAUUAAUUCUUUGAAAAUCUUCUCUGCUCCUGGGUAUUUAGAAUACAAACAAAGUGCAUAGUUGUGAUGAGCAAGAAUGCCUUUUAUAAAAUCAUGAAAUUCAUGGCCCAGGAGUCAGGUAUUCUUAUGUUAGGGUGAGCACUUUUGAAUAUAUAGUAAAAAUGCAUUAUUUCUUUGAAAAUCUUCUUCUCAGCCCCUGGAUAUUUAGAAUACAAACUAAGUGCAUGGUUAUGAUGACUAUUGAUGAGCAACAAUGCCUCUUUCAAAAUUUUGAAAUUCAUAGCCUGGAGGUCAAGUGUUCUGGUGCUAACGUGAGGCUGCACUCAUGACAUAUGUUAAUUAAAUCAGUGCAAAUAAUGUUAAUGAUAGGUUAGUUGAAUAAAAGAAUUAGAUAAUAAUUUUUGAUAUAUAAUAUAAAAAGUAAUUUCUUAGUAGUGUUUCCAGUCAUCGAUUAUAAUUGAAAAUCAGUUGAUUGCUGGCACAAUCCAAGCGCCCAAUUACAAAAUGUUUAUUCCAAUUAAUCGGUUUAUUUUUUAUUUUAUUUUACAAGCAUAACAAUUUUUUUAGGCCAAAUAUUCCAGCUGUGACUUAUCUAUUAUCUUACUUGUGUUUUGUAAUGGUGCAGAUGAAAGAUAGUUGGUUACAGUAACCCGAUCAUCGAUUAUGAAAUUCUUACCGAUUCCCAUCACUAUAAUUUCUUUUAAAUAGUCUGGUACAUUUGUAAAAAAAAAAAAAAAAAAAAAAAAAUAGAUGAAUUUAAAUGAGACAAAAUAUCUUAUAUUUAUAUAAGUACAUUAAAUAUAAGUUAAAAACCAAGAGAGGCCACCAUGGGAUAGUUUCUCUUUAACAUAAUGUUAUAUGUCAAAGCACUAUUGUUAUGUUAGUGGAAGUGAUGGAGUGUAGAAACAUCUGGAGCACUGAUAUAUACAGGCAGGUUUCUGAAUUGUUGAUAAUUACUAGACUAACUAUUUUGUUGAGCCCUGAUUAUCUCUUUUCUUUCAGUUUAUUAAUUGUUUACCAUUCCAUGGAUCUUUACCAGGGUAGUAUUAUACUCGGGUGACUGUUAAAGCCCUAGGGCCUCUUGUUUUCAUAGAUUAUAAACCACAGUAAUUGCCUGUUGUUCAUACUUGCCUAAAUUGAGGUGUUUAAUAUGAAUCCAAUUUUCAUGUCAAGGUAUAUGUAUGAAUUUUUAUUGUUGUUAAAUGUAUAUAACACUUUUAUUUUUGUUUCUGAAAUAAAGUUUCUUAAAGUUG